CAGUUUAAUUUACAGGCCUCAGCUACUGAACCCAAAUGGAUACAAGAAAAAAAUUUUUUCCUCUACAGCACCAAAACCUGCUUUGUUGUUGUAUUUCAAUUUUGCUUAAGUGAAGACCAUGACUGCCAAAGAUUAUCCAUCAUUGUGGGGCUUUGGAACAACAAAAACAUUUAAAAUACCUGUUGAACAUUUGGAUUUCAAGUAUAUUGAAAAAUGUUCAGACAUUAAACACUUAGAAAAAAUUCUUUGUGUGCUCAGGUCUGGUGAGGAAGGAUAUUAUCCUGAACUUACUGAAUUUUGUGAAAAGCGCCUUUCAGGCUUGGCUCCUGGAAGUAGAGCUUUGAGGAGAGAGAAACCUGCAGCGACGGCAGCCAGUUUCACAGCAGAAGAAUGGGAAAAAAUUGACGGUGAUAUAAAGAGUUGGGUAUCAGAAAUUAAAAAAGAAGAUGAUAAAAUACACUUUCAAGAAACUGAAACAUUUCCAGCAAUGGAAGAUAAUUUGCCUCCAGUUCGUGGUUCAAACAGCCAUCUUCAUGUUGCCAAGGAAAAAAAUUCUAAAAGUAAACCAGCUAAAAAGAAAAUUCCGAGGGAUUAUGCAGAGUGGGAUAAAUUUGACGUGGAAAAGGAAUGUGCGAAAAUUGAUGAAGAUUACAAAGAAAAAACUGUAGUAAACAACAAGUUGCAUUUGUCUAAAAUUGAGACAAGACUAGAUACAGCAGGUCUAACUGAGAAGGAAAAGGAUUUUCUUGCUACUCAUGAAAAGGAGAAAGGUAAUGAAGCUUUUAACUCAGGAGAUUAUGAAGAGGCUGUGAUGUAUUAUACUCGGAGCUUAUCAGUGCUUCCCACGGUAGCAGCCUAUAACAAUCGCGCUCAAGCGGAACUCAAAUUACAGAACUGGAACAGUGCUUUUCAGGAUUGUGAAACGGUCUUGGAGUUAGAACCUGGGAACUUAAAGGCUCUUCUGCGCCGUGCCACUACGUAUAAACAUCAAAACAAGCUCCAGGAAGCUAUAAAAGAUUUGAAUAAAGUACUGGCUGUUGAACCUGAUAAUGAGUUGGCCAAAAAAACCUUGUUAGAGGUUGAAAGAGAUCUGAAAAAUUCUGAACCUGCAUCUGAGACUCAAACCAAAGGGAAAAGGAUGGUUAUUCAGGAAGUAGAAAACUCAGAAGAUGAAAAUGAAAAGGACAGUGGAAGAAAACAUGAAGAUGGCAUUGGAGAUAAGAAGGGCGCGGAGCCGGCGCCAGCGGGGCGCGCCGCCGAGACGCGCGCCAUGGGCAACAUCCAGAAGAAGCUGACGGGCAAGAGCGAGGGCGGCAGGCGGCCGGAGAGAGGCGCGCCGCGGCGGGGCCGGGCGCCGGGGGCCGGCGCGGACAAGCGGGACCGGCCGCUGGCCCCGGCGACGGCGGACGGCGCCAAUGGGCACCCGGGCGGCGGGCGGGGCGCCGGGGACCCCGCGGGCAGCGCGCCCCCUGGGCCCGGCACGUCCCCCGGACCUGGCGCGCCGCCGGCGCCCGCCGCCCCAGUCGGUCCCGCCAGCCUGAAGAGCCAGGGCAACGAGCUCUUUAAAAACGGGCAGUUCGCCGAGGCGGCUCUCAGGUACUCGGCGGCGAUCGCGCAGCUGGAGUCUGCAGGAAGUGGAAGUGCAGAUGAUCUAAGUAUCUUAUAUUCAAAUAAAGCAGCAUGUUACCUAAAAGAUGGAAACUGCAGUGGCUGCAUUCAAGAUUGUAACAGGGCUCUGGAACUUCAUCCAUUCUCAAUCAAGCCUCUUCUUCGACGAGCAAUGGCCUAUGAAACUUUAGAGCAGUAUCAGAAAGCUUAUGUGGAUUAUAAAACAGUGUUGCAAAUAGACUGCGGAAUCCAGAUAGCAAAUGACAGUGUUAACAGGAUAACAAAAAUUUUAAUGGCCCUGGAUGGACCAAGCUGGCGGGAGAAGCUGUCGCCCAUUCCUGCUGUGCCCACUUCCGCACAAUUGCGAGCUUGGCGGCCUGUGGCAGAGACGCCCCCAGACCAAGUGGGAGAUUCCUGCAGCCAUCAUCAACCGGGCAUCACAGAUGAAAAAAUGUUUAAAACCCUUAAAGAAGAAGGAAAUCAAUGUGUAAAGGACAAAAACUAUAAAGAUGCCCUUAGUAAAUACAGUGAAUGCUUAAAGAUUAACAACAAGGAAUGUGCCAUUUAUACAAACAGAGCCCUCUGUUACUUGAAGCUGGGCGAGUUUGAAGAGGCAAAGCAGGACUGUGACCAGGCGCUUCAGAUAGAUCUCGGGAAUGUGAAAGCACGCUAUAGACGAGCUCUUGCUCACAAAGGACUCAAGAAUUAUCAGAAAAGUUUAAACGAUCUCCAUAAAGUUCUCCUACUAGACCCAAAUAUUAUUGAGGCAAAAAUGGAACUGGAAGAGGUAACCAGAAUCCUGAAUGUUCAGGAUAAUGCAGCAUCAUUCAACAAAGAAAAGGAGAGAAGGAAAAUUGAGAUUCAAGAGGUGAAUGAAGCCCAGAAAGAGGAGCCUGAAAGGACCUCAGAGGACAUCUCCACUGACUCCCGUGCUUCUGAGAAGGGGGACACAAGCAACGGGCCACGAGAAUUCUAUGAGAAACUACCAAUCCCCAAGCCUAACAAUGCCUACGAAUUUGGCCAGGUUAUAAACGCCGUCAGUACUAGGAAAGAUAAAGAAGCCUGUGCACACCUGUUAGCCAUCACUGAACCGAAAGACUUGCCAGUGUUGUUGAGUAACAAACUUGAAGGGGAUACAUUCCUGCUCCUCAUCCAGUCUCUGAAAAAUAAUCUUAUUGAUAAAGAUCCUUCUUUGGUAUAUCAGCAUCUUUUAUAUCUGAGUAAAGCAGAAAGGUUUAAGAUGAUGUUGACACUGAUUAGCAAGGGCCAAAAGGAGCAGAUUAAACAGCUCUUUGAUGACCUGUCAGACACACCAAACAAACAUUUUACUUUAGAAGAUGUGCAGGCCCUCAAAAGGCAGUAUGAGCUUUAAAUAGAUUAUUGUAGGUUUCUUCCAUGCAUGUAUGUGUUCCAGUAAUGCUAAUGAGAUGGUAUUGUAAUACAGUUGCAUGGAUAAAACCUGGCUUAGAAAAGAUCCUUUGGUCUGGACUAUAAAAUAUUUUACUUAUUUUUAUACAUAGAACACAUAUAUUCUACAAUCUGCUUUUUAUUAGUUGUAAAUAUUUUCUUAUGUACCAGAGCUAACAACACCUUUAUAUUUAAUAAUAUCUGGAACUUGUUAAGAUGCAUUUUAAUUUAUAUUAUAUAUUUUCUUUUAAUAACCUGUUAAAAUUUUGAGUUAAAUUACACUUCUUUGGGCUAUGAAGGAGUCCUGUUAAGUCUGAUAGAAAUGUAUUUCUUUACAGUUCAUUUUUAAAAGUGAAAAUCAUUAACAGUGAUUAUUACAUCACUUUUAUUUCCUGCUGAUAUACAUAAAUCCCAUUUUAUACUACUUGUGGAUUACAGGCCUCUAAGAUGAAAUGUAACACUUAAGUCUAUAAUAUGAAAUGAUUAUUAAAUAAAUUGUGAUUAUUAAUUUAGAACUAUAAGAGGAACUUAUUUUUUUCUAAUAUGGAAGUAUUGCCUAAUAAAUAAUU